AUGGCGACUUUCACAGCACUUAUGUUUUCGGCCCUUGCUGUGGCCGUGGAUUCCUUAAGUAUGCACGACUUGGUCAACAACACGAACCUUUCUAUGUAUCAAGACCCCUCAACGUUUAUUUGGAACCACAGUGAUGUUUAUCUUUUACGUGUAUCUGUAACUGCGGGUACGGCGCAGAAAAAACCACAAACUCCCUGUGUACGCUCACGGUAUUGGAGUAAUACAACAGAAAAAGUUGAGCGUUCUCUGGAUGUUUAUAAUAAAACGGACCGCAGUAAUUUCAGGUCCACUAAUAUUUCCCUUACCGUAAAAAAAGAAGACUCGCAAACACUUCUUAAUGUUCUCACCAAUGAAACAGGAUUUUUUAUCAUGAAUAUCUCUGACGUGAAUAUCACUAUCUCCGAAAACAACUCCGAUUUCCGUGUACUUUUUAGUGACACUAAUUGCCUUAUUUUGGCCGAAAAGUUUGAAACAGUCUUGAUGGUUAUUGAGCCUAAAGUGGACAAAUUAUUGACCAUAAUUUGCCCCCUCCUGCUGGCCCUCACUGAGGAGCCAAUCGUGAUAUAG